GCAUUGUUCCGAGCUCCUCCACAGCAGCAGCAGUCACCUGGUCUCCCGUCUGAGGAUACGAUCCGCCAUCUUGUUGCAAAGUGACAGCUGUCAACGUGUUCCCGCCAUGAUGCCGGCGUCCCGCGGACCUAUUCUGUUGCUUGUCGCGGUGCUGUUCGUGGAAUGCUGUCUUUCAGCUUCGAUACCCAGAAACUACGAGCAGAGGCUAAGUGAAGACGUUAUCAUGACACCGAGGAAGAGACCUUUCUGCAAUGCUUUUACAGGUUGCGGCCGAAAACGAUCUCAAGGUGCCCCUGGAAUGCCGCUACAAGAACAAAAACAGCGGCAGUACAUUGACGAAGACACUCUCGGCUCCAUCUUGGAUUCGGACAGCACCAUAGACGAACUUUCCCGCCAAAUUCUGUCAGAAGCGAAGCUCUGGGAAGCGAUCCAAGAAGCCAGCGCCGAGAUCGCCAGACGAAAACAAAAAGAACUGGCAUAUAACAAUCAGUAGAAUAAAAAA